UUUCUCCCACCUAUUCGCUCGUAGCCUAAGGGGCUAUUUUAACUGCUCGCCAAUGACGCUGCCUUAUUGACGCUAAUUCUAACUUAAGCACGUUAAAACGAAAUUCGAAAUGUUGCAGAUAAAAAUGAUGAACUCUUUAGUUAUAUAUUUUAUAACAUAAAAAAUUUAAUUUCAAAUUUUGGUGCUGCCACGCAGUAUUUUAUGCCCUAUCAAAGGAUUUACAUUAUUAUGCCCUAUGUAUGUGUAAUGUAAAGUGAAUUCAAAAUCAAACAGUCGAAUAAUUUGACUUAGAUUUCUGAUUUUAAAUCUCGUUUAUUGUUUAAAAUCUAUGAUUCUGCGUGGCACGGAACGUAUUUUAACGGUUCGUUGCAGCUGUUCGUUUGUUGAAUAGAUAUUAUUAUUGUUUAUUAUUACCAAGCGUCAAUGCAUAAAACCAACCGUCCAGUUUCCCGCGCCACAUCGCAGUUCUGUUCAGUUCUCGGUUUCGGUCCAAGUCAAAUUCCUUCUCUUAACUUUAUAAGCUAGAUCGUUCUCGUCGUUCCGGAAAACUAUUUCCGAAGAACGCGAUUCUUCAAAUAUAUUCAGCAUGUUUUCAAAAGCUAAGCGGUUUGAACCACUUGUUACUCAGAAAAAUCAAAAGAAGACAAACGUACAUAAGAAAUUAGAUAGUGAAAGUACUAAAAUUAAUACAAAGACAUCAUCAAAUUUGUGCAAAAGUCGCAGUAACACACUCAAUUCUAUUAGACCAGUCGAUGGGCAGUCUCAAUGUAGUAGUGUCCAAAGUAGCAAAUCAUUAAAAUUUGCCACACCCAAAGCUUUCAAAAUUACCAAAGCUCCUAACAGCAGCAUUAAGAAAACAUUAACAUGUCCCAAAAAUAAAAUAUUACCACAGGAUGAAUUAGUUCAAGCACAAGAUGUUGAAAUAAGAAAUAAGGACCAAACCAUAUUUGAGUAUAACAAGCAAAUAGAAGAUUACAAAAAUGAGAUAGCUCAACUUCAAAAAAUAUUAAAAGAACUUGCAACUACAUUUAAGCAAUCUCAUAACAAUAUUGAUUUUAAUGAAAUUGACAGAAAACUUUCUAAGCUUAGAAUUCAUAACACAAAUUGUCACACGGAACAUAAUGCAGUUCAAGGUACAGAUGCUGAAAAAGUUUCUGCCAUGAUAAAUGAUAUGAGAAGUAGGAUUACUGAACUUGAAAAAAAAUGUGAAGCACUUGACAAUGAAGUGUAUGAUAAGCAGAUGGAAUUGUCAUCACUGGAAGAAGUGAUCACUGUAAGAGAUAGUUUGUGUAAAGAUUUACAAGAAAAAUUAACAAGCAAUGAAUUAACAUUAGCCGAAACACAUCAGAGAUUGGAGAUGGUUAAGGGACACCAUGCUUUGGCACUGGAAGCUAAUGAAAGUAUCAGGAGAGAGUACAAAAUAGAAUUGGAAGCUCUAAAGACUAAAUUGGAUGAAGAAAAACAAGCCAUUAUCAGUAAAUGUAAAGUUGAUCAAGAAAAUCUUAAAACAAAACAUAAUGCAUUAAUUGAAUCCUUGAAAAACCAAAUGCUAAAAGAGAAAUGUGAGGCUGUAGAACAACUCCAUAGUCAGUUGAUUAUUAAAGAACAAGAAAUGAAAGCGAAACUUGAACAAAUUGAGGAAUCUGCUAGUGAAAAACUUAAAAUAUGUGAAAUACAGUUUGAGGAGCAGAGCCAAAGCAUUCAAGAGCAUUGCUUGCAGCAAGAGAAAACUAUACAAUAUUUGGAACACGAGAUAAAAGAGUUAAAAUAUACUUUAGAUUUCGCCAACAAUCAGAAUUCAGAUUUGAAACAGGAAUUGAACAAUUUGAAAAAUUCUAAAGAUGAAUUGUCAACUGAAAAGUUUAAUUUUAUUGAGGAAAUAAAGACUUUAAAAGAUGAGCUAAUUGAGAAAACUAUUAACUAUGAAAAUGAAAAGAAUAAAUUAAAUCUUGCAGUGGAAAAAGCUAUCAAAGAGAAAAACAAAUUUGAAACAUCUUUGUCAGUAACAAGAGAUAUUGUACACGUUUUAACAUUGCGAUUGCGAGAAUCUGACAGUGAAUUAGAACAAUUGGAAGAUCAAGUACAGAUGUUAACAAGUGCAAAAGAAGUGUUAGAAAAUGAAUUAUCUACGUAUAAAAAUACUCUAAACAACACUGUCAGAGAGUGUGAUGAGUAUAAAGAAGCACUAGUUAACAUUCUAAAAUCAAAAGCAGCCCUUACCAAAGAACACACUCGUAUUAUGGAACAUAAUGUUACAUUAAUAGAAAGUUUACAAAAUGUCGAGAAAGAAGCAUACAGGGAACUUGGAACCAUCAAAAAUGAACUCAUUGAAGAUGUUGAGCUAUUGAAAAAGGAAUCAAAUUCACAAAUAAAAUUUCUUCGAGAAGAGGUCGAGAAAAAGCGUGUAUUGUGCGAAAUGGCUACAGAGCAUGCAGGCCAGGCCACUGCGGCCGCAGAACAAUCACGAGUGCUGCUCGCGCAAGCCGCUGCGGAUUUGUCGCGCUUAGAGAAUGAAAAUGAACGAUAUCAGCAACAGAUACAAGAUCAGCAAUCAUUGGUUGUCGAAUUAUCACUGCUGCGCCAAGAAAAUGAAGAAUUGACAAUGACUGUUGCUAAACAAUCUUCCAUUAUUGACAAGUUGAAAAAAGAUUUGGAACAAUCUCAAUACACUCCGAAAUCUCCAUCAGUUUUGCGAAAAUCACUCAAAGUCGGCAAAGAAAAUAUGCAAACAAUAUCUCCAUUGAGAGAACGAAAUCUUUAAUCUAUUUUUUUCUUUAUUAUUUAUCUGACUUAUUUUUAUUUCCAUUAUGACUUCAAAAUUUAUUAAUGUUA